UCUCACCACAACCACCACAACUACCACCACCACCACAUCCACCACAGCCUACCUGCUUCCCUGCCUACUCUCUCCUCUGCUACUCCCUGCUCAGCUCUCCUAGUGGACGGACCCCUGCACUUCCUCUCUCCUUCUCAAUGAAGUGCGUCAUGAGCGAGGAGGAGUUCUUGCUUAAGUGGAACAACCACCAGAGUAAUUUUGUAGAUGUAUUCAAUGAACUCCUCAAAGAUGAAUCAUUCGUGGACGUGACGUUGGUAUGUGGGGGAGAAGCAGUGCCAGGCCAUAAAAUGGUGCUGGCAGCUUGCUCCCCCUUGCUGCAUCGUAUCCUCCGUGAUAACCCAUGCAAGCACCCGUUGGUCAUCCUUGGUGAUGUGCCUGCGAGGGACAUGAGGGCUAUGAUGAAAUUUAUUUAUCAGGGUGAGGUUAGUGUAUCUCAGAGUGAAUUAGCAAGUUUCCUCAAAACUGCAGACAACCUGCAAAUAAAGGGGUUGGCAGAAGACAAGGAAAAAGAAAAGGAGGAGAAGAAAAGAAAAGACAAAGACAGUGAUAGAUUAGAUGGGCGGCCAAGCAACAAGAGACAACGAACGUCAGAUUCCAGAACGACAGACACUUCUUCUCCGCUACCUUCACGCUCACACAAAUCACUCAAUGAUUCUCAUUCUUCUAGUCACAAGAGUCGGAGUAGAGCCUCUAUAGAUGACCAAUCACUCAAAAGUGGUGGUAGGGGGGGAGGCCUGCAUGCUCCAGCCUCCAAACAUAACUCGUCAAAGAAUUCCAGCUCAAAAACCACUUCUCAUGACAUUCCUUCUAAAGCCUCUAAGCCAUCGGAGGAGAAUGAUGCUCGACAUGUUAACUCCAAUAACAGUGUUGGGGAUAAUAUUUUGCCAAAAGAGGAGACAGUAGAUGAACUUACAGUUAAGACUGAGCCAUUAGACUAUCCCGGAGAGAUGGUGUGGACUGAAGGUCACGGCACCAUCAACAGUGAUACCUUGGAUGAUGCUCAAGGACUGCUGCCCUUCGCUGCGAUACCUGGAGCAUUAGAGGGAGUGGCUGCUGCCAUAGUUGCCUCACCCAGCUUACCCAUCAUGGAGUUUGGUGAAGAUAGUCGAAACGACGAUGAAAGUCGAGGAGACAUGUCAACAGCAUCAGAUGACAUCAAUGCCAAUACUACUGGGGGUGCCUGGUUGCGGGGUAGACUAGCCCAAGGUUGUGUUGGAGACAUUGGGACAGUUCAUCCUCCCAGUUUGAGUCAUCCAGCACUGCCGUCACCACUACCUCCAAAUCCUCCUCCUCCACCAAUUUCCCAUCAUCAUCAGCCACAGGAGCAGCCGCCACACUCAUCAAGUCAGCGUGGUGUUCUUGGGUUUCACAGUAAUAUUGUGGUACCGACCUUCCCAAAUUCUACUAACAACACACAAAGCAGCAGCAGUGGACCUACCUCAUCGCCACCAUCAACAGCAGCAUCAAACUUCUCCACCACAAUUACAACAAGCAACAAUAAUAGUGUACACAAGUGCUAUCAGUGCCCUUUCAUCACUUCGAACCCAUACACCUUUACACGACACCUGCGUAUUCACCUGGGCACCAAGGAGUUCCGUUGCCGAGUGUGUGGUUUUGCCUCCUCACGCAAAGACUCCCUCAUUCGCCACUUUCGCAUGAAACAUUUAACAGGAGAGAUGUCAGUGUACCAUGAUCUUGAUUCCCGGGACAUUGAAGAGUUGGCACUGAUCAGGGGUAUCUCUGAUGGACUCCAACUUUUGCCUAGUAAAUAUUAGAGAGUGUGACAUUCUGUAAUUUUAUGAUAAACUUGUAUCUUUGGGCAUCUUACUUCUUCCAUUUACCUUGUUCAAAGGAUAUCCAGGUACACACAUCCAUCAAAUAGGCUCAAGAAAAUUAGCAUAGUUUUUUUUUUUCAAACACUUUUUUCUCAGGUAUAUUGCUUACUAAAAAAUUGAAUCAAAAUAUAUUAACAAUGAAGAACAACAUUUCAGUAUCUUUUAGUAUUAUUUGUGUAGCACAAGAAACUUGAUGUACAGUAUUAGAUUUUAAAGCUUUUUGAUUAGUAUUGAUUAUUUCUUUUAAGUAUUUUCAUUGAAAGGGAUUUUUUUUAUUUCUUGGGUAUAAAUAAGCUGCUUGGAAUGGUGACAUCCAAGGAAUAGUGCCGAGAUAGUCAGUUUUUCCAGAAAUUUAAUGAAUAUUGUACAGUAUUCUGUAGCAGCUCUGAAAUUUCAAGCAUUGACUUACAAUAGAAGGGUCUGUUGUGUAGUCCAGACUUAAUAUUCUGUCCAGAGUUGUGCUCUGAGUUUAAGCUCAUCAACACAAGCUUUAGCCUUGGUUGGUCAUCCAUCUAUCCGUCCAUAAACUUUUCAUAUUUCUAACUACGUACUGUCCUUCAAAAAUACAGUGAUAUCUGUUAGCCGGAACAAUUGGUGCGGAGCACUUCCGGGAAUAAAAGAUUUCUGGGUAAUGAGACGACUCUCUCAAAGCCAGAAAAAUAUCCCUCAUCCCCAGAAUUUUCCGGGUAACGGAAAUUUUUUUUCGGAAGUUCCAGAAAUUGCCCAUCACAUAAUCUCUCGAACCCGGAAAAAAAAACUCCCAUCCCUCGAAUUUUCCAGAAAAUGUGCCCCUCGGAAAAUCGUUCCCAAAGCUGGAAUUUUCCAGAAAAUUCCGGCUUUGGGAACAAUUUUCCGAGAAAAUAUCAAUUCCGGCUAUCGGAGAGUUCCGGGUUUGAGAGAUUCCGGCUAACGGAGAUAUUACUACUAACUUAAUUUUGGUAAAACUUUAAAGGAAUGUUUCUUGGAUGAUCCCUUUUCCUAGAUUUAUUUGAUACAGUAUCAAUAUGUGACAGUAGAUGUUAAAGUCGUGCAGGCUUUUUUUUUUUUUUUAAUAACCUCACAAGGCCAAAAUUCUAUAAUUACUCUUAGUCUUCUCAGUUCCUAUUAAUGUAGUCCAUCGUUGGCAGAUUAAGGUUAAUUGUAUAUUUCUGACUUACCCCGGUGUUAGCUCAGUCUCACAAGUUCAGUGAAUCAUCUGUAUUGUCCUGUCCUGUGAUGAAAUUUGUGGUUUUGAAACUUGGGGGAAAUACUGGGCGGUGAAAUAAUCCUUCACUUGAUAGAGUGUGUUGUUGAAAGAAAAUUGUAGUUGGAAGUGUAAUUGAAUAGUGUUGUUGGAUGCCUGCACUUAUGGCCGAGUGUGUGACGAAAUAACCAGCUCCUUCAAAGUCAGCAGUCUAUACAUAGAAUAUUUCUUUCAUCAACACCCACUGUUAUUACAUGGUGAAUAAGGGAAAUUAAGAAUGGGUUAUUGCUAUGCAUUAAAUAAUAGUUGGGCCUCAUAGCCUGUUUCAAAAUGAUCAUCUGCUCAGACCUAUAUUUGAAAAUAUGAGUUGGAAUGUGUUAAAGGAAGUAAAGGAAAUGACCAGUGUAAGGAUGUUUAAUAGUCUUAACUUGCUGUUUGUGGUUAAAAGAACAUUGAAUAUUGACCAACAGAACAUGCUUGCAUAAAAAUGGUCUUUUUUUCUUUUUUCUGCACCAUUUAAAUUUUCUGUUUGUAUUCUUGCAGGUGUAACCUAUUUUGUUAUUCCACUUUCUUAUAUAUUUGUGAGAAUGGUACUUGCUUUACAUUUGUAACAACUAAAGCAGUCUAAUGCACCAUCAGGUUCUAUGAUGGUGGGUCUUUUACAUGAAAAAAUCAAUAGUUGAUUUUAUUAUUUUUGUACUUAUCUACAAGCGUGUAAGAAUAUUGUUUGUAGUUGCAAAUAUGGAAAUUAUUUAAGAAGCAGUAAUCAUGAGAUUUUACAUGCUUAAAGGGUAGAAAAUUAUUAUAUGUAAUAAAUGUCUAUUUUAUAAAAUUUGUGAUAUAGGUUUCCAGUUUUCAUACUUUUAAGUUAUCUCUAUUAUGGAAGGUAUAUUCUUUCCCUCGCGUACCUGUUUUAUAGAAAUGCAAUAUGUUUUAUAGCACUUUGGAAGAAUUGAUUCAUAAUGUUGGUGAGGUGAUACAGGACGUAUAAUGUUUGACUACUGCCUCUCCAAGUUCAUACUGUACAAGCCUUGGUAAGGAAAUAUAUCAGUAUACUGUAUUGAUAUGUUCUCUGUAAUUUAAAAAGUGUUUGAAAUAUUUUUGUACUGUCAAGAGGAAGUAACUGAUAUUUAUAUUAUUAUAUAAAUAAAGAAAUAUUGUUGAUUGUGAGUAAACAUCACAAUACAAUGCAGCUUAUAUCUUUAAAA